GGCGUCUGAGCCUUCAAAAGCACGCGACGCCCCAUGGGGUAAGCUAGGGUAGAUUCUGACUCACUUCAGUCGCUGGGGUCUGUGUUGAGACUCCCUACACGAUGGACGACGGGUUCAAGCGCGCGGACGAUAUCGUUGCGAAGCAGAUGGAGGCUGAGGAUGCAGAGAAGGCUGGGAUUGGGAAAGAUGGCACGGAGGAACAUGUGAGGGCGCAGAGUAUGGAGGAACCGGGGUUGCCGUUCUCGAAGGCGAGGACGGUGGCGCUGGUUGCUACGAUUGCUGCGGCGCCGUUUUUGAGUACUAUGGCUGUUCAAGCUUCUGUCAUUAUUCUACCUACGAUUGGUGAGGCACUUGACAUUCCAACCAGCAGACAGCAAUGGGUCGUUUCAGCAUACAGUCUUACUUUUGGUUGCUUUCUGUUGCUAUGGGGCAGAUUGGCAGAUGUAUAUGGGCGUCGCCUCAUUUUCAUCUGGGGCUCAGUGUUUUUCACAAUCACCUCAAUCAUACCUCCAUUCAUCACGAAUGAGAUUGGCUUUGAUAUCAUGAGGGGUCUUCAAGGUUUGGCUGCUGCUGCCAUGGCACCCACCGCUUUGGGCAUCCUCGGCGUCACUUUCCCACCAGGUCGCAUGAAGGACAUUGCAUUUGGAUGCUUCGGGGCUGGCGCUCCACUUGGGGGCAUCUUUGGUAACAUCUUCGGAGGUGUUGUCGCCGAGUACCUAAACUGGAAAUGGGUGUUCUGGAUCUUCGGCAUGAUAUCCGCCAUGUCCACUGUUGCAAGCUUCUUCGUCAUCCCGCUGCCUCCUGUCCAGCCUGAGCCAGUAAUGCGCAACACCGUCGACUGGGUCGGCGGCACUCUCAUCACUGUCGGACUCAUCAUGCUCCUGUUCGCGCUCUCCGAAGGCAACGUCGUAGGCUGGAGCACGCCAUGGGUGCCUGCGCUCAUCGUCGUGUCUCUCAUCAUCGUCGUCGUUUUCGGAUUCUGGCAACACUACCUCGAGACGAAGACGCAGAAACGGCCACUCAUGAAGAUGUCGAUCUUCAAGAACCGGAAGUUCACGUGGGCGAACGUCCUCAUGGGCCUCUUCUUCGCCAGCUUCAACAACUACCUCAUCUUCGCCACAUACUGGUUCCAGGACUUCCAGGGGCUGUCUGUGAUCCAGACCACGCUCCGUUUCAUUCCCAACGGCGUCACUGGCAUCAUCGUCGCGACUGUAACUGGCUUCAUUCUCUCGCACGUCCGCGGCGACUACAUCCUCAUCUUCAGCACCUUCGCGGUGAGCAUGUCCUCGCUCCUCUUCGCCAUCCCGAUUCCCGAAGACACAACAUACUGGGCCUACGGGUUCCCGGCGAUGGUGUUCUGCGUGUGCGGCGCAGACACGAUAUUCCCCGUCCUCACGCUCUUCGUGGCAAAGACACUGCCGCCAGAGGAUGCCAGUCUGGGUGGCGCGUUGAUCUCGGCUGUUGGGCAGAUUGGGCGGGCUAUCGGACUGGCGAUCGCCACGGCUGUGCAGACUGCUAUCAUUGCGAAGGAGAUGGGUGUCAGUGUUGAUAGAGUCGGUGAGGAGGGCCAUGGACUGAAGCCGUGGAGUCCGGCACUGAAGAUGGGGAUUCGAGGGACGGCGUGGUUCAAUCUCGGUAUAAGCAUCGCUUCGAUAUUGGUUGUACUCGUCUUCAUCCGGGGCAUUGGAAUUGUAGGCGGGAAGAAGUAACAGAGGACGUAAGGAAUCAUCCCAAACAAAUCUAGUCUCCUCCAUCUAAUCGCUACGCCGA